AUGGAAGAGGCAGUGCUCGCUGUUGCCGGCAACAGUACUGCCAAUUGGGUGCACGCUCGGUUUGGCUUCGUCUGCCCUGCUCAGCACAGCAGCGAGACCGAAGCUGAGGCUGUGAGUCGGCGCAAGGAGGCGAAGCGCGAGCCCGAGUGGGCCGAGCUGCUGGGGUCAUGGGAGAAGCACCACUGGAAGAUCAAGACUUUGAGAAGGCUCGCGCUGAAGGGCAUCCCGAACUCCCUCCGAGGCCAGGCUUGGCAGCGCCUGACGCUGUCCGCAGACCUGCGCGCCGCGCAUGGACCCGGCUGCUACCAGGCAAUGCUCGACGGAGAGAGCCAGUGCGUGGAGAGGAUCGGCAGGGACCUGCCCCGAACCUUUCGCCAGCACGUGCUUUUCAAGGAUGCGCAUAGCCCGGGCCAGCAGUCUCUCCGCAACCUGUUGUUGGCUUUUUGGGUGUUUGUGCGAUUAACCCUCGACCGCAACUUGGAGCCGCUGUACGUGCGUUCGCUACUCGGCCUCAAGCAGUGCCUCCACGUUUUGGACCGGCUCCUGGCCGUCUUUUUGCCCGACCUCGCCCGGCACCUUGGCUUUGACGCGCUUUUCAUUAUGACCAUCGCCCUACUGGGGCUGUUGGCGGAUCACAUCAAGACGCUCAAGAUGGACCAAAUCCUACGAUUCUUGCACACCGAACUCGAGCGGGGUGAACUGCUGGACGUCGAGAGGCUGAUGAAGCGAUACGCGAAGAUGAGCACACGAGUCAGGUCCAAGGCGCACCACUUUUCCAGGCAGCAUCGCGCUCUCCUGCGGUCCUUGUGCCACAAGGAGCGCGAGGGAGUCGAGUUAGUGUCGGCGAACAAGGAACAGGGACCCGGGUAG